CUCCCCGGCCCCGCCAUGGCCGAGGCACCGCAGCUGGUGGACAUCGACCCCGACUUCGAGCCGCUGCCGCGGCCGCGCUCUUGUACCUGGCCCCUGCCGCGGCCAGAGUUCAAUCCCCCAAGCUCGGCCACCUCGAGCCCGGCGCCGUCGUGCGGCGGACAGCCCGAAGGGGCGGCCGCGGCCGGGGCCAGUACUGCUGCCUCGGGAACGCUCAGUGCCGACUUCAUCAGCAACCUCAGCUUGCUAGAGGAGAGCGAGGACUUCACGCAACUGGCCCCUGCUGCCGCCCCCCCGGAGGCGGCCCCCUGCCGCUGCGGGGACUACCCGGCGCCCGAGACCGGCUGCCGUCUCCACCCGCCGGGACCGCCGCCGGUGCCGCCGGUACCGCCGCCCGUGGCUGGUCUGUCUCCUGGCCCCGUGGCCGGGCAGCCCCGUAAGAGCAGCUCGUCGCGCCGUAACGCCUGGGGCAACCUGUCCUACGCGGAUCUCAUCACCAAGGCCAUAGAGAGCUCCCCCGAGAAGCGUCUCACCCUCUCCCAGAUCUACGAGUGGAUGGUCAAGAGCGUCCCCUAUUUCAAGGAUAAGGGCGACAGCAACAGCUCGGCCGGCUGGAAGAAUUCAAUCCGUCACAACCUGUCUCUGCACAGCAAGUUCAUCAGAGUGCAGAAUGAGGGAACAGGGAAGAGUUCCUGGUGGAUGCUCAAUCCUGAAGGAGGAAAAAGUGGCAAAUCUCCCAGGAGGCGAGCAGCAUCCAUGGAUAACAACAGCAAAUUUGCCAAAAGCAGAGGCAGAGCCGCCAAGAAAAAAGCAUCCCUUCAGUCUGGUCAAGAGGGAAAUGGUGACAGCCCUGGAUCACAGUUCUCGAAGUGGCCUGCAAGUCCCAGCUCUCACAGUAAUGACGACUUUGAUAACUGGAGUACAUUUCGACCUAGAACUAGCUCUAAUGCUAGUACAAUUAGUGGAAGACUUUCUCCUAUUUUGCCAGAGCAAGAUGAUCUUGGUGAAGGGGACGUGCACUCCAUGGUAUACCCGUCGUCAGCCAGCAAAAUGACUUCUACUCUACCCAGCCUUUCAGAGAUGAGUAAUUCUGAGAACAUGGAAAAUCUUUUGGAUAACCUUAAUCUCUUAUCACCUAAUACAUCAAUGACUGUGUCAACCCAGUCUUCAUCUGCUACCCUGAUGCAACAGACACCAGGUUACUCGUUUGCUUCCUCGACUACAAGUAUAGGUUCCCCAAAUCCAGACUACAGGAAAUUUACGUAUGCUCAAGCUAGCAUGAACUCUUUGCCCCAGAUUCCUAUGCAGACUCUUCAAGACAGUAAAUCAAGCUAUGGAUCGAUGAACCAAUAUAACUGCCCUGCGGGACUGCUGAAGGAGUUACUGACUUCCGAUUCUCCACCGCACAGUGAUAUCUUGGCAUCAGUAGACACUGGUGUUUCCCAGGCUGGUGGCAGGGCACUGGGCCAAAGUGUGCUGAUGGUUGCUAACUCGGUGAUGCCAACUUACGGUAGUCAACCGCCUCACAACAAAAUGAUGAACCCUAAUACCCGCCCUCACCAAGGACAUAGCCAGCCAACACCUGCGGUUAAUGGUCGUGCCUUGUCACACACAGUGAACACCAUGUCACACACAUCAGGUCUAAACCGCUUGUCGACAGUGAAGACUUCGUUACAAGUGCCUAUGAGUCACCCAAUGCAGAUGAAUGCUAUGAACCCAUAUGCCCCUGUUAACAGCUGCAAUGGCUAUGGAAGGGUGGGAAUUGUUUCCCUCCACCAGGAGAAGCUUCCUAGUGACUUAGAUGACAUGUUAAUUGAACGGUUGGACUGUGACAUGGAGUCGAUUAUCCGUAAUGACCUUAUGGAUGGAGAAACAUUAGAUUUUAACUUUGACAGUGUAUUGCCUAACCAAAGUUUUCAGCACAGCGUAAAGACAACCACACACAGUUGGGUGUCAGGCUAGGAUGUAGUAGGAGGCUACAGUUAAA